AGUCCCAAAGCCUGAAAAUGGACGUUGGCCCUUUUUGGCACUUGUCAGCAGUUACCUUACAACCUUGAAAAUCAAAUUCUUACAUUACUACACACAGCGGCAUCAGGUAGCACAGAGAAUAAAAUCAGUGUGCCCACAAGCCGUCUUUGUCGAAUCACCCUCCAAGCCCUUCAAAAACUCGUCUCUUUUUUGAAUAUUUCACCUUUUGAACUCUUUGCUAGCGGUAAAGAUUGAAUCUUGGAAGCGGGAUUAAUGGGUUUUGAUAAGCCCAUUUUGCAAACAGUAGAAAUCAGGCUAGGCCGGUGUUUUCUUGAACAGAAAUAGUGUAUUUUCAUUUUCGGGUCGUCUUUUGUUGUUUAAGAUGGAAAGUGUAGCUGAGAAGAGCAAGAAGAAUGAUGAGUUUGAGUCGGUUAGUGGUGGCUCUAUGACAGAGUCAAGUGAGAGCAGCCGAAGCACGAGCAGUGAUAGCAGAUCGAGUGCUCAUAUUUUUUCUCCAGCUCAAUUGGGGUGGCCUAUUAGAAAGCCUGCCAAUUGUUUGAAAAAUGGCUUUUGUGAAGGGAAAAGCAAAGCCCGUUUGAAUGUUGAGAGCGGUGAUGAUGAGUCUAAGUUAAAGAAGCAGGGUCCCAAAGCUUCGGCUUGGUGAAGAUAUGUCUGGAAGUGGUAAAGGAGUUUGCCCUGCAUUGACCAUUUCAAAUGCCAUCACCAACCUAUGUGCUACUGUGUUUGGCCAACUGUGGAGAUUGGAACCAUUGCCAUCUGAAAAGAAAUCCAUGUGGAAAAGAGAGAUGGAAUGGCUUCUUUCUGUGAGUGAUCAUAUUGUUGAACUGACGCCUUCUUGGCAAACAUUUUCUGAUGGAAGUAGACUUGAGGUGAUGACUUCUCGAACAAGAUCGGAUCUAGCUAUUAAUCUGCCUGCUCUUCGCAAACUUGAUAAUAUGCUACUUGAAAUACUGGAUGGAUUUACCAAUACCGAAUUUUGGUAUGUCGAUCAAGGUAUAGUAGCACCAGAAGCUGAUGGAUCCGUCUCUUUCCAGAAAUCUAUCCAACGGCAGGAGGAGAAAUGGUGGCUGCCUGUGCCACGUGUUCCUCCUGGUGGUCUUCCUGAGGCCACGAGAAGGCAAUUAAAUCACAAGCGUGAAUCCGCAAGUCAGAUUCUUAAAGCUGCUACGGCCAUUAACAGCAUUGCUUUAUCUGAGAUGGAAGUUCCAGAAUCAUACUUGGAAACUCUUCCGAAGAAUGGGAGAGCCUGUCUUGGGGAUGUUAUCUACCGUUACAUCACUUCAGAACAUUUCUCCUCGGAGUGCUUGCUUGAUUGCCUCGAUCUGUCUUCUGAACAUGCUGCUCUUGAGAUAGCAAACCGGGUGGAGGCAGCAAUCUACGUGUGGCGUAAACGACAACAUCCCAAGCCCCCAUCUCAACCAAACCAUUGUGCUGCCAAAUCGUCAUGGGAGAUUGUCAGGGAUCUCAUGAUAUAUGGUGACAAGAGGGAAUUGCUUGCUGAAAGAGCUGAAAACCUCCUGCUAUCUUUGAAACAACGUUUCCCGUGCCUCACACAGACUACUUUGGAUGCCAGCAAAAUACAGUACAACAAGGAUGUGGGGAAGUCUAUUCUGGAGAGCUACUCAAGAGUCUUGGAGAGUUUGGCAUUCAACAUUGUGGCGCGUAUAGAGGAUCUACUAUAUGUGGACAACAUAACCAAGCAGUCUGAUAAACUGACAUCUGCAUCGACAGUAAGUUUCCUUUCAGACAAGAAGUUCCCGGUUCCAUACUCAGUGCCCGUCUCAGGCACCCCCUACCGAACAGCGUAUACAACACCCAACUUCUCCCCGGCUCAUCUGGUGAGCCCUGCACGAGGGGAAAAGACGCCGUUUCUGAGUGGCAAUUGCAACAAGCCUGCACGUCGUGGCUUAGGAGUCAAAAGAGUCCUCACAAAUUAUCUUGGUGGUGAUGCAAAGGUCAAGAAUUGUGGCUAUAUUAUCGAAGGCCCCGGUUCCAUUUCAAACAGAACAACUGAAGGGACGAUGUCUCAUCAGAGCAUGGAAGGGAAGGAAUCGUCUUCCAUUUGUAGUGAGUCUAGGCCACAAAAGAUAGACCGGUAGUUUUCUUGGCUUUGAUAGCUGAGUUUGAUGUACUUAGUUGGAGAAGGGGGCGAAAUACGAAAACUGAUGUUAGUUUCUUAUAGAAGCAUUAUCACAGAAGAAGAGGUAUAUCCAACUGAUCACAUGUUCAUUGAUUUAUUAACUCUUGACCUUUAUAUUA